AUGGAGAACCCCUGGCGACUAAACGGGUUCAAAUCAGAGGUUUGUCUACAGAUGGCCCAAGUGGACGGGACGAUACACAAACUUCCUGAGGUUUGCUCCAGUGAGGCAAAAACGAACCCUGAUUCAAACUCUAACGAACCGAGCUCUGAUGAUGCACUGGGAUCCGAGCUACAGCAUUUUGCUAACGUGCUACGGGCCAAUGGUUACCCGGAGAGCACGUUAGACCUUUUUCGUAGAUUUCCGGAAGCAUUAGAUGAACUCGAGCGAGAUAAACGGAGUGUUCGAAAUUCCACUGUAUCCCUGGGAAACAUAUUUGUUGAUCUGGUAAUGGAUGGUGCAGAGAAAAUCUUUGCUAAUCCGUUUGAUGGAAUCAUCGGACUGGGACGACGGUUGAUGUCUCCAGAACAAACACAACCUCUUCAUUAUACCGUGUCUCAGCAAGGACGAAUGAGUCAAAAGUUUGGUUUCCCAUUUCAGGAGCAGUGGUUCAUUUUGGAUGGGAUAUUCAUCUUCAAAACGGGAUUUAACGUGGAGAAUCACAGAAGGAUUUUUGAUACUGGAACUCCUGAAAUACAUCUGCCUGGGGAUAUUCACAUGGCGAUAAGCGAAGUACUCGGGAUCAGAAGACAAGUCGAUCGAGUAUACGUGUUCGAAUGUGGAAGGCUGCCAUUCCUGCCCCCGGUCACUUUCCAAAUGGAGGGGAAGAUGUUUCAAAUUAUGCCAAAACAAUACACAAGUCUGACUACCACCAAUGGCGAUAUUACAUGCAGAACCCUUUUUUACAAUACGUCUGCCGACUGCCCUGUAGGACUUACCAUGGGCAUGUCCUUUCUACAUUCGUUCCAAAUGAUCUUCGACGACAACGCUGGUAAAAGCUCACCAGUAGUGCAUAUCCAAUGGCCGUGUCGGAAUUUGAAACCCGGACAUCCGACAGGCGAAGCGAGCAUGUAA